CUCGUCCGGACGCCCCACCCUUCUUCAUUUUUCUGGUUACAUUCUCGUGCAGCCCCCUUUUUAACGGUUUUUCGAAGCCUUUUUUCACUUUGGAAACACCAAUGCAGGCAGUUUCUUCACCUCAGUCGCACUAUUUUCGAUCUUGAAAACUGUUAUCUCGACUUUCAGGAAAGAUUUCUGUUGGGUGGCUAUUACAAGCACGAGCUCAGGAACGCCACGAUUUUGGUACUCAACACAAACUUAUAUUACAACGCAAAUAAAGCGUACUUUAACUUCACAAACAAGGACGAUCCGGCAAAUCAGUUCGCCUUUAUGGAAAGCGAACUUAAAGCUGCUCAAGGGUGCCGAAAGCAAGCCUCAAUUGGAUGUAAACCGACGGUGCACAUUGUGGCUCAUAUAGCUCCAGGAGUAUUUGAGCGAACUCCGAACUUCACUUGGUUCCGUAAUCCAUACAACGAGAAGUUCUUGAAGUUAACCGUCGAUUAUGCAGAAGUUAUAGGAUACAUGCUCUUUGGACACCAUCACACAGAUACGUUUCAUCUGAUCAAGGACCCAUCUGGACACACCGUGCAAUUCGCGCUGAUGUCACCAGCAGUGACUCCGUGGUUUUCCACUCUGGAAGGUGCAGGAGCCAAUAACCCUGCUUUCAGAGUGUACGAUGCUGACGAAAAUGGUAUCAUAAAUGACAUUGUGACGUACUAUAUAAAUUUGGACACAUUGAACGCUAAAGGAAAUCAGGCUCCGUUCAUCGAGGAGUAUUCCUUCAAAAAGGCCUAUAAUAUAAGUGGAAGUAUCAAUGUGAUGGCCAUGAAUGAUCUAGUUCAACAGUUGAAAACGAACGACGAAGUUUUUCGAACGUAUAUUAAUUUCAAUUCGGUGUUAUGGAAACCAGAUAUGCCCCAGGGCCGAUUCAGAGGCGCUCAGUUGUGUUCCAUCGAAUUUGCCGACUAUCCUCGUUAUGAUGCUUGUAUGGCACAAUACAAUUCAGCGUACUCCUACAGUGCCUGGACCACUGCCGCCUUACUGUUCUCGUUUUAUCGUUUCCUAUGA